AGUGUCUCUAAAGCUUCGUUCCUGUGUGGCGCUGUGAAAGGUUUCCGUUUCGUCGAUGUUUUGUGACGUUUCGCAUUAAAACGGUUUCCAUAUGGAGAGGAAAAUAUCUUGUAGGAUUAAGAUAUUUUACUAACAAGUACAUUUCGAUGCUCGACACUAGCUUAUCUACUAACUCGUUUUACUUUAUGACUAAUGGAUAGCUGAAGGACAGUAGCGGGGCCGAACGCUUCUAAAGGCCACAAAAUGCCUCGCCCAUAAUGUACCCCAUGGUGCAAUCACAGAGCAAAGAUCGAAGGCAACCCCAUAUAGCGCUCAUCAGUGAGCAGAGGCUACAGCCUCUCUCUGAGCAACCAGCCCCUUCCGACGAAGAAACUGCCGAAGAUAAUUCAAUCAAGAGGAGGCAUAGGAGACCGUUACAUAGAAGAUUUUUUACUUACGUAAGGGAGGCCUGGACAGGAGUCAAAUCAGCUUUAGAUUCCGAACUCGAGGAUUUGGAAACCCCACCGCGGUACAGACCCGACAGCCUAGAAGCUCUUUGUAGAGCUACUCGUUUUUCAGAAGCCGAAAUCAAAAGAAUUUAUCGUGGAUUUAAAGCUGAAUGUCCGACCGGAGUUGUUAAAGAAGACACUUUCAAGAUGAUUUACGCGCAGUUUUUCCCACAAGGAGUGAACAGUAGUCAGUAUGCUCAUUAUGUAUUCAACACUCUGGAUCAAGAUCAUAGCGGACUGAUUAGUUUUGAGGACUUUGUCCAAAACUUAUCGAUUCUAUCGAGGGGAUCUUUGGAUGAAAAAUUGAGAUGGGCUUUCUCCCUUUACGAUAUAAACGGUGAUGGGUGUAUCACACGCGAAGAAAUGACGGACAUUGUUAGUGCGAUUUAUGAUCUAAUGGGUAAAUUGGCAGAGCCGUGUAUCGAAGAAGACACUGUUAAAGAUAAAGUUGAUAGAAUAUUCCAGAAAAUGGACACGAACGGCGACGGCGUAGUGACUUUGGACGAAUUUUUAGAAUGUUGUAGGAGAGACGAAAGCAUAUCAUCAUCAAUGGCCGUCUUCGAUACGUCCAUAUGACAUACGAACGGCGGCGUUCGUGAAGGUGUUUCUAUUUGAGGGACUUGAUCGGAUGUCGUUUCCGAAAUCGACCAAUUUAGAAAUUUGAAUAUACUCAAAAA